AUGGACUGCCAUUUUUCUGUCUGGGGAGUUUUGGCCUUUCUGAGUUUGGCUUUGGUUGUUUCGUUGAUACUGAAUAUUUCAUACUGUAUGAAGAAGAAACAAGCUAAAAUGUGUAAAGACUAUGAAGACAACAGUCCAAGCUAUGAUGACUAUUACACACAAGACGAUCCAGUUUAUGGCAAUCUCAACCAAGGUACAUUUGAGGAAUGUUGUUACGAGCAGAUGAAGUCCCAGCCUCAAAGGCCAGUAAACCAGCUACAGGUGGAGACUGCUAAUCAGAUGUGUUAUGCGUCACUUGAUCACAGUAUCAAGGGAAAACGCAGGAAACCGAGGAAAAAGAUAGACCCUUCAUUACAGGAGGACAAAGAAGAAAGAUCAUCUAAGCCCACCACAGUGGCUUCCAAAGCUUGUAUUUACCUCAACAGUGAGCAGCUGGCUGCUGAAAACCCGGCAAGUGUAGAAGCCAUUCACGACGAUCCCAUCAGAUUAAUGGGUUUGAUUCAUACUACAUGA